AUGAUGAGCACUGUCAUCUCCUCUCCUCGGCGAGGCUGCCGCCCUCCGGGCCUCGUCACGGUGGCGAAGAACCUUCUUCGGCUGCUGGUCGUGCUAGUGGUGCUCAUCACCUCAGCCGCCGCUGACACCCCUGCCCAAGACGGGGGGGAGCCAACGUCGGAGGACACCACCACCUACAUCUACAGCUGCGACGAUCUCGCGAUGGACACGACACUCGUCCGCGGCUCCGUUGCCAUUAUGGGCGACAUCAUCUGCGAUAAGACCAAGAUCAUCGAGGUGGCUCAGGGCUACGGCGACGUCCUCAUCUUUGCAGACACCAUCAUGUGGACCAAGGGCGUCAUCUUCGAAAUCCCCAAGGGAACCAGGGUCGACUUCGGAGCGCCUGCUUUCGUCUUCGUCAGCAACGAGGACAACAAGGACGGCAUCUUCCACGUGGACGGGAUCCUGGGGUUCCUUGCCGAAGACCCCGGCUUCGAAGCCCCUGACGACGCCACACCGGAGGACCUGCACCGGAUGGUCCGCCUUGCCCCCGAUGGCACCGUACGGGCUCUCGGUGAUGAGGCCAUGUACUUCACCGACUCCGCGGUGUUCGUAGUCGCAGAGCCCAGUACCGACAAGAACGACAACAGCAACAGCAACAGCGAGGCAACCGGUGGCUCUCAGGGACACUCUGCAGGCCUCGCUCAAGAGCAGCAGCGGCGGGAGUUGGAAGCGAGCGGCAUGGACUUCGUGACGUACCUGAACUCUUGCGACGACCUCCCGAAUGAGCGAACCCCUUUCGAAGGGGUCGUGUCCGUUACGGCAGACAUUGUGUGCCCCGAGCCCAAGGUGAUCGAGAUCGCCGAGGGAAGCAACAAUGUCCUGUUCGUCGCCGUCGACACCCUGUACACCAGGAACGUCCGCUUCAACGUGCGGAAGGGCGAAACGAUGCACAUCCGGGCCCCGGCUCUCACUUUCGAGAGGGAACAGGGGGAUUCGGUUGAGAUCUUCAACUUGCACGGCGAGUUGCACCUCCGCGGCGACCAGCACCGCUUCGACGAUCUGGUCGACACGAGGACGGACGACCCACACGAUACGAUCCACGGUUCCCCCGAUGGCGAUAUCAUCACCUACGGCGGUUCGAUGCUACGCUUCAGCGAGACCUCCGUCAUCGUUGAUGCUGCACCCACCGACACCGACACCAACACCUACGACAAAACCUACGACAACACCUACGACAACAACAACAACGACAACGACAACUUCCUCGAGCAGGGGGACUCCGCGGAAUUCUUUACGGUCGAACCGCAAGGGCACCUGGGGCUGUACGCCGACAGAAGUGGUCCCUUGCUCGACGAUGGAAUGGCGGAGGACAAGCACUCCAGGGAACUGGUGAAGGAGGGAGGAGCGUUAGACGUCGAUGGCCAGAUCCGCCAUACGGCCUCGGGCAUGAGAGCCGUCCUUGCGUUCGAUGUCCAGCAGCCGGAGAAGAAGCACACAGUCCCCAUCCGUCAGCUAGUUGAGACCGUCGAGCAGCCGAAAGAGCAGGACACAGUCCCCAUCAGUCAGCUCGUUGAGACCGUCGAGCAGCCGGACGACCAGCGGAGAGCUUCCAUCCCUCAGCUCGAUGAGACCGUCGAGCAGUCGGAGGAGCAGCACACAGUCUCCAUCCCUCAGCUCUUUGAGAACAGCGACAACGACAACCCCCCCACCUCUCCCGCCAUCCGCCCCUUACCUACCCCAGGGGACGAACACAGCACCGCUGCCAAUGCCGGCACCGGUGGUUCCUCCAACGGUACCCCGAAAACCACCGCUACUUCCACCGCAACCGAGAGUGACCGCCUAACCUCAGGGCUUGCCGUCGUCCAUGACGUCCUCCCGCUGUAUACCCUGGAGUCCUGCAACGAGCUCCGGUUCGAGCGAACGCCCGUCCAAGGCGUGUCCGGCGUGCUUCUCCUCGACGAUGAUAUCAAAUGCACCGAGAAACGGAUCCUCGAGGUCGGCCACGACUUGAUCAUCGUUUCCGAUAAGCCCGAUCUCCGCUUCAAGGGCGUGCACUUCGUCGUUCAGGAGAAGGUCUCGUUGACCUUCAUGGUGGCCACGAUAGUCUUGGAGAAGAUCGAGAUCCUCGAGGUCGGCCACGACUUGAUCAUCGUUUCCGAUAAGCCCGAUCUCCGCUUCAAGGGCGUGCACUUCGUCGUUCAGGAGAAGGUCUCGUUGACCUUCAUGGUGGCCACGAUAGUCUUGGAGAAGAUCGAGGGGGAAUCCGGCGAGCUCUUCACGGUGGAGCCCCAAGGUGUCCUGGCAAUGAGUGCUGACAAGUGGAGCCCAUCGCCCGACAACGGCACGGAGGAGGACGUGCACUCUCUCGUGGCCCUGGAGAAGGGGGGGAGGUUCGAGCUCGACGGUAAGGCCAGCUUCACGGCCUCGACCAUGACGAUCUCCAUGAGGAACAAGAGCGAGGAGAGGAAGAAGAACAAGAAGAAGAAGGAGAAGAACCACAAGAACGAGAACAACAGAGGCACUUGCCAAUCCACCUCUACCGCCACGGACGACAACCAAAACGCUGCUGGCCCCGGUGAUGUCAACGCUGGUGUUAUCGACGUGAAACGGGGGGACUCCUCGGAAUUGUUUGCGGUGGACCCGCAAGGGGAAGCUGGUCCGUUGCCCGACGAUGGCAUGGGGGCGGAAGGGGCGUUAGGUGUCGACGGCCAGAUCCGCGAUGCGGCCUCGCGCAUAAGAUCCGUCCUUGAGUUCGAUGACCAGCAGCCGGAGGAACAGAACCCGGACGAGCGGCAGCCUGAGGAGCAGCAGACAGUCCCCGUCUCUACGCUCCUCGAGAACGCCGAGCAGCCGGAGGAGCAGCAGACAGUCUCUAUCCCUCAGCUCGUGGAGACCGUCGAGCAGCCGGAGGAGCAGCAGACAGUCUCAAUCCCUCAGCUCGUUGAGACCGUCGAGCAGCCGGAGGAUCAGCAGACAGUCUCUAUGCCUCAGCUCGUUGAGACUGUCGAGCAGCUGCAGGAGCAGCAGACAGUCCCCGUCUUUCAGCUCCUCGAGAACGUCGAGCAGCCGGAGGAGCAGCAGACAGUCUCAAUCCCUCAGCUCGUUGAGACCGUCGAGCAGCCGGAGGAGCAGCAGACAGUCCCCGUGUCUCAGCUCCUCGAGAACGGCGAGAACAACACCCCCCCCGUCCCCCCAUUCUUGCGGCCCUCACUCAACCAAGGGGACAGGCAAAGCACCGCCGGCAAGGCCGACUCGGGUGGUAACACCAACGCGUCCUCGAAAGCCAAGAGACACCGACUCUCCCUCGAAGGCAUGGGCCACCUCCCGCUGACGGCGAUCGAAUCGUGCGAACAACUACGCGUCGACCGGACCACCGUUCUGGGCAUCCUCACCAUCGAGGGUGACAUCUUGUGCGAGGAGCUGCGGACGAUCGAAGUUACCGACAAAGCUGUCAUCGUGUCCAACCGGAACCCCCUCCACUUCAAGGGCGUGCACUUUCACGUGCACGAGAAGGCCACGCUGAGGUUUGCCUUCUCGACCAUGCUCGCCGAGAACCUCGAGGGAGACUCGAGCGAGAUCUUCACCAUUGAGCCAGAAGGAUAUGUGGGCCUGCAUCCCACUGCGUGGGGUCCGUUGUCGGAGAACGGGACGAAGAAGGAUGCCCACUCGCUGGUGAUUGUUAGGAAGGGUGGCGAGGUAUACUUCGGGGGCGAGGUCCGCUACACGGCCUCCAGCAUGAAGGUCGCCAAGACGCCCGUUGCGAAGGAUCUCGUGUGGAUCCAGGCGGGCGAGGAGCUGCGGUUCCCGUCAAGAAUGACAAGCCUCGACCGCCGGCAUGUGAUGAACGUGGGGUCCGAUGGAAGCCUCGUGCUCGCGAACAUCGCACGUUACCAGGGAUUGCGCCGAGAAGUGAUGGAGGCGUUCGACAGCUGGAGCUCUCGAGCUCCUCAUAGUUCGGUGGACAUGUUGGCCGGCCUUGGCCCGGACUACAACGGCGAGGACCGAGGCUUGGACCUGAAGGUUCUUGCCUCGCCCGACGUGGUGCAGACUCGCCGGCAGCGGCUCAAGGCCAGGGGGACGGCGACGGUGGUGACCUCCGGGGGAGAGACGACGAGAGCACGGCUGAAGGGAGCGGCGGACAUGCCGAAGGCCAUCUCCAGCACACCGGAGGGGUACUGGGGGGACGACGUCGUCCUCAAGGUCACCGACAUGGGGGAUGUGCUGGUGACCGUCGGGGACCGAGUCGUGGUCCAAAAGCGAAACCCGAACCGCAAGGUCGGGUGGGUGAAGAAGCUCGGCAAUUCCAGGCCGGCGAAGAAGGUCAAGGGCAUCUUUCGACGUCUCGGCCGCCGAGGGAAGCGCGACAAGAACGACAAUGACAACGACAACAACACCAGAGAAAACAACGCCAGAGACGACGAUAAGGGCGCCGUCCGGUCCACCUUAUACUCGCUCCACGUGGUGGAAAACGGGUUUCAGGUCCGACUAGAAGGCGUGUUUGUGUGGGGGUGGUACGUGAAGUGA